UUGGCCGACGUGUACGAGCGGUAUCACGAUCCCGACACGAAUCCGCUCCUCGACAAAGCCAUCGCCGCCUACCAGGUUCCCGUCGAGAUGAAACCCGACGAUCCGAUCGGCUACCGGCAGGUCGCCAACCUGCUCAACAAGUACGGCCGUUUCGACGAGACGAUGGAAUGGCUCGGACGGGCUCGGGACGUGAACCCCGCUAACCCCGAGGGCUACUACCUCAUCGCGACCUACUACUGGGACAAGGUCUACCGCGACCCCGACCUGACCGAGCGGGAGCGUCGCGAAUUCAUCGACUUGGGGAUAGAGCAGCUCGACCUGGCCCUCGAGCGGAACGACGAAUACGUGGACGCGCUGGUCUACAAGAACCUGCUCCUGCGGGAGUUGGCCAAGGUGGAUCCCCCGCAACGCGUCGGCUCUCGUUGCCGAGGCCGACGAAUACCGGAGCCGAGCGAUCGCUAUCCGCGAUCGGCUGGCGGUGGCAGCGGCCGCAGCCGCUGCUGCCGCUGCGGAAGCCGCCGCGCAGCGCUAGACAGCGGAGCAUCGAUAGAGUUCAGGCCCCCGUCGGCCGCGCGCUUCGGCCGCGGCCGGCGGGGGUUUUUUGACUCCAAUCCGGGAACGAAUCUCCAGGAGGCCGGCAGCAGCCGCAGAUUUGGCGAAAUCUCUCCAACCCAAUUGGGGCGGUUGCGCCGUUAG